GAUCAACUUUUACUUCUCCGGUUAAUCAAUCUCUCCGGUAAACUCUUCCUUCAAUUUAUAUCUUCCAGAUUCAUAAAAUUUCUUCAUUUUGAGAAACAUAGGUGGCCAUGGACAAAGAAGUUACAAAGAUUGAAAGUGAUGACACUUCAUCAGUGGAGAUCAAAGUGUUGUUAUUCGCCAGAGCUCGAGAGCUCACAGGUGUGCCUGAUCUAACACUGAAGAUGCCAUCAGGUAGUACAACACAGAAAUGUAUGGAUGAGUUGGUGCUUAAGUUUCCAAGCUUGGAAGAGGUACGUAGCUGUGUCGUUCUUGCUUUGAACGAGGAAUAUACAACCGACUCCGCCAUUGUUCAACAUAGAGAUGAGUUAGCCAUCAUACCUCCAAUAAGCGGUGGCUAAUGCAUCGGCACUGCUUAAAUCCAACUCGGGUUUGUAUUUUCAUUGGCGAUAAUCCAAAAUGUAACAGUUUAAGGUACUUUUGUUACAAACAACACAGAUAUAUGUCUUUUAUAAGGGAAGAAAGGUUACAUCAGUUU